AUGACGACAUGUACCCCUGAACGCUUGAAUGGACGCGGCCAUGCAAGCGAUCUGAUGAUGCAAGCCAGGAAGUUCAAGUACGACGUCAUCGGACUGACCGAGACGAGGCGACGACACCCACUGAACGCCGUGUAUGACACUGGAGAAGAGAUAUUCUCUGGAACAUGCGACAGUAAAAGAGUUGGUGGAGUCUGUGUCCUUGUCAACACGAAUAUGGCAAUGAACGUCGACUCUUUCGAACAACUUACGCCCCUUAUAGGACGUCCGCGGAUGCGAAGAUGUGGUUUAAUGCCGGCUUUGAUUAUCUUCGUCGUUUACGCUCCAACAUCAAGCUACGUAGGAGAAGAAGUCGAACCUUUCUAUAUGGAUGUGGAGAAAUUAAAGAAAGAAAGAAGAGAAGAGAAGAGAAAAUAG